GUUAUUUUUUUUUCCUUCUCAUAUUUUUAUUCACUUUAUUUGUUUAGAACGUGAUAAUUUUUAAUUAAACAAAUAACUUUUGUAAUUUAAACUAAAUUAUAAUCAAUAAAUAAACUAUAAUUCAUAUAAUGAAGAAAAAUUCCCUUGAUACUAAACCAGGAGUUGAUAAUUUCUGUAAGAUGAAAAUUGAUAUUCCAUUCGAAUCGAAUGAAAAAGCCCAAAUUGUUUUGGAUGUUCUCAAAGUAGAUUCAUCAGAUCCAGAUUCAGAACAUCGCGCCAAGGAAAACAUCUUCAUUGAAGAAAAAACUCUAUACGCUCAAUUCACAGCCGAUACACCAAAGUCCUUACGUUCUUGUGCUUCUUCAUUUUACGAUAAACUUAUCCUUAUCACAGAUCUUAUGAAAGAAUUCUCUGAAAAGCCAACAUCCAACUAAAAUUUCGAACAAUGGUUAAAAACACUCCUGGACCAGAACCACAUCGAGCCAUUUACGGAUUUUCAUUUAAUUUAUUUUUCACAAGUCUAUUUGCUUUGUAUGUUAUUUGGGUUCUUCCCUAUCAAGCUUUUGGCUUCUCCAAACAUUUCUAUUUCGUUCCUGAUACAUAUUUUGCAUUCAGUUUGCCAGUUUUUGUUCUAUGCGGAAUUGUUUUCUUUUUGUUUUUAUAUUUAUCAGUUAAUAUGGCUCAAACGGCCAAUAUUGAAAGUUCCCUAACAUUCAAAGAUACAAGCAAAGGAUGUAAAUGUGAGGAGAGAAAUGAUUUGAAUGAUUCCGAUUCGGAAGCAGAUGAGGAUGAGUUUAGUGAAAAUGAUAAUCUUUGUACAUCAACAUCAUUUGCUGUAGAUGUUGAUUUAAGUCAUGUGUCCAGAGUAUUGUAUAAUAAGAAUUAAAUAAAAAAUUAUUUUAUAAUGUAUAAAUUUAAA